UCUGCGCGCCUGUCCAAACUCGCGUCCGCCGGUGUUUAGCCUCCACCGGGGCUCUCUGUGCUGGGCGCGCGGUCCAGGCGCAGUUUACCAGAAUCAACAUGCUGGGGACUGAAGAAGCAACUCUUGGAGGCCGCGAUAGUCAUCCUUCCGCUGGUGGCAGCCCUGUAUUAUGCUUUGGACAGCACCAGUACACGGCGGAGGAGUACCAGGCUAUCCAGAGUGCUCUGAGGCAGAGGCUGGGCCCAGAAUACAUAAGUAGCCGCAUGGCUGGAGGAGGACAGAAGGUGUGUUACAUUGAGGGUCACAGGGUAAUUAAUCUGGCGAAUGAAAUGUUUGGUUACAAUGGCUGGGCUCACUCUAUCACACAGCAGAAUGUAGAUUUUGUUGACCUUAACAACGGCAAAUUCUACGUGGGAGUCUGUGCAUUUGUGAGAGUCCAGUUAAAGGACGGUUCAUAUCAUGAAGAUGUGGGCUAUGGUGUUAGUGAGGGCCUCAAGUCAAAAGCCUUGUCUUUGGAGAAGGCAAGGAAAGAGGCUGUCACAGAUGGGCUAAAGCGAGCACUGAGAAGUUUUGGGAAUGCACUUGGAAAUUGUAUUCUGGACAAAGACUAUUUGAGGUCACUAAAUAAGCUUCCUCGCCAGUUGCCCCUUGAAGUGGAUUUAACUAAUGCAAAGAGACAAGAUUUUGAACCAGCUGUGGAACAAGCAAGAUACAGUAGCUGUCAGCAGAACAUGGCUCUGAGACUCCAAAAACCAGAAGAGGUGAUCUCCCCUUGCAGACCAAGCCACUCAGAUGAUCCUCAUAUUGUGAUACAGCGGGAAAAGGAGAGCAGCUCCAGAGGUCUCACCUCUUCUGAUGCACAGAGUGAUGCCACCUACCAGCGGAAGCUCAGGCAGAAACAGCUGCAGCAGCAGUUCCGGGAGCAAAUGGAGAAACAGCAGCAAGUUCAGCUCUCUGAUCCACCUGGGGAAAUGAAGGGUCAUGCGGAGCUGCCCUUGCCGCCUGUGAAGCACAGCACUCCUGUAACUGCUGUUUCUGAACCACCCACUGAGAAAGACUUUGCAGACAGUCUUGAAAUGUGGGAUAUGACUCCAGAUACUUGGGACAGUGUUGCCAAGCCUUUGUCAAGACUGGAACCUGCCCCAGUCCCUGCCACUCCAGACCUGAAGAACCAGAUGGUGACUCGAAGCAGGACCCCAGAAAAUUUUUGUCAGCAGAAUCCACAAGCAAAAUCUGAACCCUGGCACCCUCAAAUUUACAAUGUCAUCCAAAACAUAACAGGAAACUGUGAUUCCUACAGGAAAAACCAGGACAUGAAGAAAAGGAAACUGGAUCCAUCUUAGCUGACAUUCAAGCCACAUUAUUAGACUUGCCAAAGACUAAAAACUAUUUUUUGGUCAUGAAAUUGGACAUCAUUCUAGAGAAUGAGCUUGUUUCCAAGGACUUAGUUUGUUUUAUUCUGAAAAUUUAAACAGAAUUUGACUAUUGGAACUUACUGCAGAGAAGGCUGUGCCACUAUAAAACCAGCACUUGUAUUUUAAAAGGCUUGUCACACACUGCUGUGGGGAGAUUAAAUACCCUUCUUUGGCUCGUGAGGUUUUUCACUAUUUAUUCCUAAAAUAUUACAUUAAUAAAGACAGAAAUUUUAGGAGUUACUGUGGCUGUUUUCCUUUAAGCAGUAUAAGCCAUACUUUCACACUGCCCACUAUUAAGCUAUUAUACUCUCCACCUUCUUCACUUUGUCACCAUGAUUUUUUUUUUAAAAG